GCGCUGGCGGGCGCGCUGCUGGUGCUGGCCAACUGCGCCAACUGGGACCCGCGCGCGGCCGGCCGCGGCGACUCGUGGCCGCUGCGCCUCGGCGCCGCCGUGGCCGCGCUGUCGCUCGCGCUGGGCGAGGCCACGGGCGCCAGCAUGAAUCCGGCACGCAGCUUCGGGCCGGCGCUGCUGCUCUGGCGCUGGGAGCACCAGUGGGUGUACUGGCUGGGCCCACUGGGCGGCUCGCUCCUGGCGGCGCUGGGCUACGGCGCGCUGUGGCAGCCCGCGCAACCGCCGCCCCCACCGCCCCCACCGCCCCCGCCGCCUUCUGCCGCCGCUCCGUAGGUGCUCCGUUCCACGCAGCUGCGUCGUUUCGUCUCUCAUGGCGGGCGUCACACGGCCUGCCCUGCGGCCUGCGUUAUCCGGAGCGAUAACUCUCCGUUAUACAUUUCAUUACUGACAUUGUGGAGGCGCAUGCAAAAUAUAGUACUUGGUAACUCGUGAAACACUAACCAUAAGCCUGUGCACUCGGUGUUGUUAUGAGACGAUUACGCAAGGGUAGAUUCGUCCAUCACGGGCAAUAAUUAUUCUUAGAAAUCGUUACAAUACAAUAUUUAAAUACGAAUAGAAAAUACAAUUGAGUGAUGCGAACAAAAAUGUUUAAUACUCAGCACUGCUGAUUUUCAGUUUUCACUUGUAGCUAGCUGUUCGCUUGCUGCACCAAGCUAAUACGCGGAGUGUGCACUAACUAUUAACCCUGCCUUAAGUAAUUACUAAUAAAAUAGCGACU